CUGAGGCCCCGCCUCCCGACUUCCGCUCUCCUUCGCAGAAGAAGCUGGGUGCAUUGCACUAUUUCGCAGUUUCGUGUUUCUAGACGUUGGGUUUAGCCGAAUUCAACAUGCCGCGUGGAAGCCGUAGCCGCACUUCUCGGGUGCCCCCUCCAGCCAGCCUUGCCCCUCGGAUGAAACCUAUUCCUAGGCCAGCACCCCCUGUAGCUCAGCCUCCAGCAGCAGCCCCGCCCUCUGCAAUUAGCCCACCUCCUGUACCCCGGCAGCCAGGCCUGAUGGCCCACAUGGCAAGCACUGCAGCUGGUGUGGCUGUUGGCUCUGCAGUGGGGCACACACUGGGGCAUGCCAUCACUGGAGGCUUCAGUGGAGGUGGUAAUGCUGAGCCUGCAAAGCCUGACAUCACUUACCAGGAGCCUCAGGGAGCCCAGCUGAUGGAGCAGCAGUCUGGUGGCCCUUGCCUUUUUGAGGUCAGACAGUUUCUGGAGUGUGCCCAGAAGCAGAGUGACAUCAAACUCUGUGAGGGUUUCAAUGAAGUGCUGAAGCAGUGCAGACUGGCAAAUGGAGGGCUUCUCUAAUCAAGUGCUAGCUGAAGAAUUGGAAAAUCGGCUCUGAUGACCAACUUUAGUGUAAAAAUGUAACUGAUAGUGGUAGUGUGAACCAAGUAAAUCUGGUUAUUAACAACUCCAUUGCUCAAGAAUGGCCGUGGAAGAGUGUGCCCACAGAACAGUUCACUGAGAUGUGUGGAAUUGGGGGCUGGGCAAGUGUUUGGCCUUCUUAAACCAGUUGUAUUAUGUUUCAUUUGUGAGUUAAUUAAAGUGAUUUUAUUCCGA